GAAGAAGACAAACAAGGCGGAAGUGUUCUGAUGAGGAAGUAGUGUUUUGUACAUCAGAAACUGUUUGGGUCCUCUUUGGCCAGAAAGGGUAUUUUUUUUCCUUCCCUAACAUUAUAUUUGCGCUGCUGCCUCCGUUUCAUCCAGAAUGUCUAAGAACACCGUUUCUGACCGCUUCAGGAAAGUAGAUGUAGAUGAAUACGACGAAAACAAGUUUGUGGACGAGGAGGACGGCGGCGAGAACCAAGGAGGUCCAGACGAAGCAGAAGUGGACUCCCUUCUUAGACAAGGGAACAUGACUGGAGCUCUCCAUGCUGUACUGAAGAACCCUCCAAUCAAUACCAAGAACCAGAAUGCUAAGGAACGAGCGGAGUUGCUGGUGGUCAAAGUUCUUAGCAGUUUUAAGAGUAGUGACAUAGAAAAAGCUGUGGGCUCACUGGACAAAGCAGGAGUAGACCUGCUGAUGAAAUACAUCUACAGAGGCUUUGAGAAACCAUCUGACAACAGUAGCGCUGUCCUGCUGCAGUGGCAUGAAAAGGCUCUGGCAGUGGGGGGGGUUGGCUCCAUCGUCCGAGUCCUGACUGCAAGGAAGACUGUCUGAUCCCCAUAAUCUGCAGUGUUUGUCCAAGUCAUCAGGGCUGGUGUCCUUUUAAGAAACUGGAGCUGUGUGUCUUUCUGAUGCAUCACUUUGCUUUUUAUCUGUUUUCACUCUUCGAUUCAGAAGGUGCUGGCACCUCAAACUGUACUCUGCCAGCAGUACAGAAUUUCACUUUUCUUAAACACAAAACGGCACCUUGCUCUGUCAUCUGAUCAGCUACAUCACUGAGUCAUUCUAACUCACCCCCAGCUAUUCCUGUCCUCAACUCUACUCUUCUGUGGGUCUGACUCUUUAAGAUGAGAGGAAUGGAAAAGGUGGACGGAUUCUCAUUGACACCUUUCCCCUGCCUUUUGCCCAGUGCAUGCUGGGACUGAACUUCAUUUUACCUCAGAUUAGAAUGUUUGAGGUAAACUUUGAACAACUUUCAGUCCUUUAUAUUCUACUUCUCUCUUCACAAAAACCACUUCCAUGUGGCACUAUUGUGUAAAUGCUUUUUUAUAUUUGUAAUAAACAAAAUAAAGAGCUACAUUUGAAUA